UUUGACUUCCUCUUCUAUAAAUUAGAGAUAAUAACUAUAAUCUCAGCAGUUUGUUCCAGAUAUUUUUAAAUCACAUCACAAACAGCACUACAUAAUUGUAAAACAUGUGUGAACAUACACAAAUAUAUAUUUUUUGAACAGCAAUGUCAUCACCUAUGAGUAGAUAUAAAAUAAUUUUAUACCAUAUAUUAAAGCCCCAAUUAAAUAUUCACCAUGCAAACUGUUAUACCAAAUUCUAUGCACAGUAUAUCUAAGAAGACGUGGGGUUUGGGUUUUUGGGUGGUUCUCCCCCCAAAAAACACAACCUAGCUUGGGAACGUAUGUGCACAUUCUAGUUUAUAAUUUUUGGAGCAAGUAUCAUUCUUUAAUAUGGAUUUAUGUUCUUGCAAGCAAAAUUUUACUCACAAUCAUAACAUACCCAAAUUCUUCCCUUUUAGUCAAUAAAAACUGAGUGUAAAGUUCUGGAGGUUAGUUCUUCAGACUUUGUACUAACAAAUUCUGCAUAUGGUCUUCACAUAAAACUUAUCUACAAUGAGUUUAAAAGUGAAAAUAAUCCAGGAUAACUUUAUGAUUUCAGACUCUUUGAUGUUAAAAAUAAUGCCAACAUUAAAUUAGAAGAUUCCUUGAUCAUUACUCACUUUCAUUUUUCUAGGCAAAAUAUCAAUAUAUUUUCAUUCUUCAGAUAAAUUAAAGAUUCCUUAUACACACACACAUACACACACAAUGUCCUAAGUUGUGCUUCUGUGACUUUAACUUUUUAUAUGUGGCAACUUUUGAACACUAAGUUUUUAGCAUAUGUAUUUUAUCUUCUUUUUGGUUGCCUACAGUUUUCUGCAAGAUCCUUAAUACAGUAUGAUUCUGACAGAAUUUAUGUUAUUUGCUAUUUCAAUUAAUUAAAACUGUUUAAAACAUGAAGUUGAAAUAUCUUAACUAUAAAUUUGUAGCUAAAACUUUUUUCCCCAAAACUCUGCAAACAUUCUGUGCAAUCUGAAUUACUGCUGAGAAAAAUUAAUUUUAACAGUUGCUUAAUGUUCUUCAAAAGGUGAAAAGCAUACUAAAACAUGCUCAUUUGAACUCCACCCAUUUUCAAUUUCAACAUAGCAAAACUUCUGUUUGUUCUUUGGGCAAAUUCAAAACUGUACACACUGGGAUUGGUUAUAACUGAAGAUAAUUUAUGCAACCAUAAGCCAAAGAUGCUAAGUUGGCAAAAAGAAAACCAUCCAAGUAAGCAAACCCUAACACACAUGGGAAACACCCUCUUGACACAGUUGGCAAUGUAUAUAAAGGUUGUCACUGUCCUUGGUAGCAACACUCCCUGGGCUAAAUAGCUUCACCAUGUCUAUUCGAUACAGCUCAACCAAGCAAUACUCUUCCUCCCGCAGCGGAGGAGGAGGAGUAGGAGGAUCAUGCCACAGAAUUUCAGGCAGCAAAGGCUCCGUUUGUGGAGGAUUUAGCUCAGGGGGGUUCAGUGGUGGCUCUUUUAGCCGUGGGAGCUCUAGUGGGGGGUGCUUUGUGGGCUCGAGUAGCUAUGGAGGAGUAGGAGGAGGUUUUAGUGGAGGUGGCUUUGGUGGAGGCUAUGGAAGCGGCAGCUGUGGCGGGGGCUAUGGAGGAGGCAGCUUUGGUGGAGGCAGCUUUGGAGGCGGCAGCUUUGGAAGUGGCUUUGGUGGAGGUAGCUUUGGAGGAGGUUAUGGUGGUGGAUUUGGCGGAGAUGGUGGCCUUCUCUCUGGAAAUGAAAAAGUAACCAUGCAGAAUCUGAAUGACCGCCUGGCCUCCUACUUGGACAAAGUUCGGCUUCUGGAAGAAUCAAACUAUGAGCUGGAAAGCAAAAUCAAGGAGUGGUAUGAAAAGAAUGGUAACUCAGGCCAGCGAGAGACUCGUGACUACAGCAAAUACUACCAAACCAUUGAUGACCUUAAAAAUCAGAUCCUCAACCUAACAACUGACAAUGCCAAUGUCCUGCUUCAGAUCGACAAUGCCAGGCUGGCAGCUGAUGACUUCAGGCUGAAGUAUGAGAAUGAGGUAGCCCUGCGCCAGAGUGUGGAGGCCGACAUCAAUGGCCUGCGCAGGGUGCUGGAUGAGCUGACCCUGACCAAGGCUGACCUGGAGAUGCAGAUCGAGAGCCUGACUGAAGAGCUGGCCUACCUGAAGAAGAACCACGAGGAGGAAAUGAAAGACCUUCAAAAUGUCUCCACUGGUGAUGUGAAUGUUGAGAUGAAUGCUGCCCCAGGUGUUGAUCUGACUGAACUUCUGAAUAACAUGAGAAGCCAAUAUGAACAACUUGCUGAACAAAACCGAAAAGAUGCUGAAGCCUGGUUCAAUGAAAAGAGCAAGGAACUGACUACAGAAAUUGAUAAUAACAUUGAACAAAUGUCCAGCUAUAAAUCUGAGAUCACUGAAUUGAGACGUAAUGUUCAAGCUCUGGAGAUAGAACUACAAUCCCAACUGGCCCUGAAACAAUCCCUGGAAGGCUCCCUGGCAGAAACAGAAGGUCGCUACUGUGUGCAGCUCUCACAGAUUCAGGCUCAGAUCGCUGCUCUGGAAGAACAGCUGCAACAGAUUCGAGCUGAAACUGAGUGCCAGAAUACUGAAUAUCAACAACUCCUGGAUAUUAAGACCCGACUGGAGAAUGAAAUUCAAACCUACCGCAGCCUGCUAGAAGGAGAGGGAAGUUCCGGCGGCGGACGCGGCGGCUACGGCGGAAGUUCCGGCGGCAGUUCCGGCGGCGGCUACGGCGGAAGUUCCGGCGGCGGCUACGGGGGCAGUUCCGGCGGCGGUCACGGCGGCGGCCACGGCGGCGGCCACGGCGGCGGAAGCUCCAGCGGUGGAGGCCACAGCGGCAGUUCCGGCGGCGGCUACGGCGGCGGCAGCAGUUCUGGCGGCGGCUACGGCGGCGGCAGCUCCGGCGGAGGCCACAAGUCUUCCUCUUCCGGUUCCGCUGGAGAGUCCUCCUCUAAGGGACCAAGGUCAGCAGAAACUAGCUGGGAUACUAACAAAACCAGAGUAAUCAAGACAAUUAUUGAAGAGGUGGCACCUGAUGGUAGAGUCCUUUCAUCUAUGGUUGAAUCAGAAACAGAGAAACACUACUAUUAAGCUGCAUAAAGAGGAGAGAGUCUCCCUUGACACAGGCCAUUAUAUACAGAUUCAUGGAAAACUAAGUCUGCAAGAAGAUACAUCAGUCUUAAUGGUCUAUGUGAACAUGUUCUCUCCUUGAAAAUAAGGUGUCUAAAAUGUGUUUUGUGGUUUCUGUAUUUCUUUUUUUCACUUUACCAGAAAGUAUUCUUUAAUGGAAAAAAAAGAAACUUUCUUUCCUCAUUUACUGAAUUUCAAUAAACUUUCUUACUGAUGCAAACUA